ACCCCCUCGCUGCCCUAAGGCCUCCCGCUGCCCACAAGACUUCCUCGCUGCCCUGGGCUUCCUGCUGCCCACAAGACCACUCUCGCUGCCUACAAGAAACUCCCUCGCUGCCCACAAGACCCCCUCGCUGCCCUGGGCUUCCCCUCAUGCCCACAAGACCCCCUAGCUGCCCACAAGAACCUUCGCUGCCCACAAGACUUCCUCGCUGCCCACAAGACCUCCUCGCUGCCCACAAGACCCCCUCGCUGCCCACAAGACCCCCUCCUGCCCACAAGACCCUCGCUGCCCUAGACCCCUCGCUGCCAACAAGACUUCCUUCGCUGCCCAGAACCUGCUGCCCACAAGACCCUUGCUGCCCACAGAACCUUGCUGCCCACAAGACCCCUUGCUGCCCACAAGACCCUCGCUGUCCACAAGAUCCCCUCGCUGCCCACAAGACCCCUCGCUGCCCACAAGACCCUCGCUGCCCUCAGACCCCUCGCUGCCCACAAGACUUCCUCUUUGCCCACGAGAUCCCUCGCUUCCCUAGACCCUCGCUUUGCUUACAAGAACUCCUGGCUGCCUGCAAGACCCCCCUCGCUGCCCAAGACCCCUUCGCUGCCCAUAAGACCCUUCGCCCAAGAUCUCUCACUUCUCGCUGCCCACAAGACUUCCUCGCUGCCCACAAGACUUCCUGCUGCUCUACAAGACUUCCUCGCUGCCCACAAGAUCCCCUCGCUGCCCACAAGACCCCCCUCGCGCCCACAGACCCCUCGCUUCCUGAAUCCCCUCGCUGCCCUAAGACUUCCUCGCUGCCACAAGACCCCCUCGCUGCCAUAAGACCCUCUUCUCUACCUACAAGAUCCCUCGCUGCCCACAAGACUUCCUCGCUGCCUACAAGACCCCUAGCUGCCCACAAGACCCCUCGCUGCCCACAAGACCCCCUCACUGCCCACAAGACUUCCUCUUGCCCAGAAGACUUCCUCGCUGCCCACAAGACCCCCUCGCUGCAAGACCCCUCACUGCCCACAAGACCCCUCGCUGCCCACAAGACCCCUCUUUGCCCACAGGACCCCCUUACUGCCCACAGACCCUUCGCUGCCCACAAGACUUCCUGGCUGCCCACAGACCCUCGCUGCCCCAAGACCCUCGCUGCCACAAGAACCCUCGUUGCCCACAAGACCCUCGCUGCCCACAAGCCCUUUGCCCACAAGACCCUCGCUGCCCACAGACCCCUCGCUGCCCCAAGACCCCUCGCUGCCCACAAGACCCUGCUGCACAAGAACCCCUGGCUGCCCAAAGAUCCCUCUUUCCACAAGACCCUCGCUGCCCACAAGAACCCCUGGUUGCCCACAGACCCCUUCGCUGCCCACAAGACUUCCUCGCUGCCCACAAGACCCUAG